CGGUCCUGCCAAUCUCAGGGAGGCGGGAUCUGUCUGAGGGCCUGCACCAAUUCGGGAGCGGGGGCGGGGAAAGAGGCGGGGCUACGAGCUCCUCCCAGAACUCCAGCUUUCAGGCACCCCGGAUCCAGCGCCGCCGCUCAGAACACCCGCGACCCCGCGGCCAAGCGCAGCUCGCGGCGCAAUGGACCCGACGCUGGCAGCCCAGAUGAGCGAGGCUGUGGCUGAGAAGAUGCUCUGGUACCGGCGGGACACAGCAGGCUGGAAGAUUUGCCGGGAAGGCAAUGGAGUUUCAGUUUCCUGGAGGCCAUCUGUGGAGUUUCCAGGGAACCUGUACCGAGGAGAAGGCAUUGUAUAUGGGACACCAGAGGAGGUGUGGGACUGUGUGAAGCCAGCCGUUGGAGGCCUACGAGUGAAGUGGGAUGAGAAUGUGACCGGUUUUGAAAUUAUCCAAAGCAUCACUGAUACCCUGUGUGUAAGCAGAACCUCCACCCCCUCAGCUGCCAUGAAGCUCAUUUCUCCCAGAGAUUUUGUGGACUUGGUGCUAGUCAAGAGAUAUGAGGAUGGGACCAUCAGUUCCAAUGCCACCCAUGUGGAACACCCCUUAUGUCCCCCGAAGCCAGGUUUUGUGAGAGGAUUUAACCAUCCUUGUGGUUGCUUCUGUGAACCUCUUCCAGGGGAACCCACCAAGACCAACCUGGUCACAUUCUUCCAUACCGACCUCAGCGGUUACCUCCCACAGAACGUGGUGGACUCCUUCUUCCCCCGCAGCAUGACCCGGUUUUAUGCCAACCUUCAGAAAGCAGUGAAGCAACUCCAUGAGUAAUGCCAUCAUUACUUCUUGGCAAAGAACUCCCGUGACUCAUCGAGGAGCUCCAGCUGUUGGGACACCAAGGAGCCUGGAAGCACACGGAGGCCUGUGUUCACUCUUUGGAACAAGCCGAUGGACUACACAUCUCUGAGAAUGCCAACCAGAGGCGGCAGCCCACCCUUCCUGCCUCCUGCCCCACUCAGGGUUGGCAUGCGAUGAGCCAUUCAUGUGCUCUAAACCCAAACAUGCCUCUCCUGGCAGGGUAGACCCAGGCCUCUAACCAUCUGAUGGGGACUCGGGCUGGACACCGUGUGAUGCACUCUGGCCCCAAGCCUUUAUGUGCCCAUCACUCUCAGAGACCACGUUUCCCUGACUGUCAUAGAGAAUCAUCAUCGCCACUGAAAACCAGGCCCUGUUGCCUUUUAAGCAUCUACAGCUCCCUCAGUCUUGUGCUGCAGACCCUCAAAUGUAUUUUUCUGAUAUAGACUUUGUAUAUGGCUUUACUGCCACAAAAGAUUUUUUUUUCCUUAAAAAAGGUGUCAACUUGGAAAAUAAUGGUUUAAAAAUGGGAUAACCAUUAA